UAUUUUAUUGGCUUAACACAGAUCCAUUUCAGCGUACAUGCAUUAAUAAGUUAUAAAGUACAUACUGUACAUACAAAUUAGGGGUUUUAUGUAGGACUAAAAGGAAGACAACAAGGUGGACUGGAUCUCAUAAAGAACCAAUGGUUUAAAAACGAAAUUAAACAAAACUUCUGUAUAUUCUCUUUAAAUGCCACUGAUCUUCCUGGCCUGGCUCAAAGAAAACCCCAAAUAUACUGCAGUCAACAAAAAACUCCAACUUCUCUUUUUAAAUAUAUUGGCAAUAUUUUUUUGUUUACAAGAAUUUAGGGUCUUAUUAGUUCAUUUGAUUUCUUCUAAUGUGUGUCUUUGUUGUGAAUUUGAGAACUAGAGAACUAUUAACUUGAUAUUUUGACUGACAGCAGUCACUGUAAAGUCAGCUGUGGUGGUUGUUGCAUACUCAUUCCACUUCAACUCCAGUCAGGAUACCCCCUAGUUUCCCAAAUUUAGAUUGUAUGGCUCCAGUUAUAGAGAGUAUACACUGACGCCACUUUCGCCUCACUUAGAUUGUUAUCUCUUUUUUAGUUUUUGGUUGUCACACCAACAUGGCCAAGUGUGGCAAAAGUCAUAAGGUGUAACUGCCUUAAAAGGUGCUCCCCAGGCUAAUGUACAGGGUCUUCAAUGAAGCAGAUCUUGCUGUAGGGCACAAAAAAAUAGAAGACUGAGCCUGUGGUUAGUGUGUAUUUAUGAAACCAACAUAAAGGGAACAGGAAAAUGUAGGGUUAUCACUGAGUGUAAUUUAAGAGACUAAAGCACAACAACUCCAUGAAUAGCACAUUUCCUUCCUUUAGGACAAUGACUGAGUGCAUGCAUAAUGAUAUGGCACCUGCUACUUUUGAAGUCAUUAGCACAUAAAAUUAAAUGGCUUUCAAACUGGUUUAAAGUGGGUCUCAGCCAGCAUGAGGAGAGGACCCACACAGUCAUAUGACUACGCUCAGUUGUGUAAAUUAAAGAGCUGCCUCCGUCCUCAGAGGCUAGCAAGAGGCUCACAGUGCCAUGUCGGGUUCAGCUUCCUCCCCUCCCCCUCGUCUGCAGUGCUGACGCAUCUGCUGCUUUUGCAUCAAUCAGCAGCCUCUAUAUAGGUAUACUGAGAGUCCCCGCUGAUACCAGGACUCUCUUUUACCCCUUAGCGUUGCUUUCACUUUGCAUGCUCACUGGGAUUGUCAGAAAAAGCAUCGAUGAACAUCUGUCCUGUGACUGCUGGGAUACACAAUAGGACGGUAGUCACUGCCAUCUUCCUGCAGGUUCUGCAUUACCUAACCGCAGUGUCUGCGUAAGCACAGACGAAAGGCUUGGGUGUAAUAUAUUACUGCACAGACAGAGAGUAUGUGUGCACAAGCAUGAAACAGAUGGUGCGACGUUAUGCAUUCAAGGUGCAUAUUGUUUCUAUGAAGGCUAAAGAUAAUUUUGUUUCAUGCAAAGGAUAUUUUUCCUUUGGUCAGCAUCAAUCGUCUGGAUCCAGCUGGUGUGGUGCUCGGAAGAUUUAAUACGGCAUUUGCUGUACAGCAGAGUACACCUUACUCUACGCUGCUACCAGCAAUGCAGCAGAGUGUCUUCUCUGGCUGUAGCAUCGAGCACAGAGCUGGUAGCACCCAGCAUCUCUCCGCUCUCCCUACAGCCCUCUGCCAUGCUUAAUAAAAGUUGCCGCUUCCUGCUCAGAGGCUCCAGGCUUCAGUUGCCCAGUUAGCAAAAAGGCAGACCUAGGUAUAGUCUGGUUUAGCUACAUGCUAGACUGUGAGUUAUUCCAAUAGCUGUAGUAGGAUAGAAGAAGGAUAGUCAGAGGAGGGCAGGGCAGAUCUUGCCCAGGACCUGGGCUGCUUCGAUAGAGACGAAGGACGUUAGAGCUGGAGACAUCUGCACACAGAGAGGGAGGGAGAGGAAGAAAGACGCCAGAAAAAGCUCUGCUUCUGACAACACCACUGUUCAGCGACCAUCACAGAAAAAAACUAGUUUUGCCUUGCUCUCACAAAACUGUUUUUCAUGUGUAGUCGAGUAUAUUGAGGGCUGUAGAAAAGGGAUACUGCACUGCACUGUUUCCUGUUCGCCCCCUGCAUCAUUCUCUCUGAUUUACUAAGAUGACUGUGGUGUCCCCGUGCACUCAGAACCUAAUGGAUAGUGCUCACCCUCACACUGUGCUUAGCAAGCUCAAUGAGCAGCGCUCACAAGGCCUCUUCUGUGAUGUGACCAUUGUGGUGGAGGAUGUUAAGUUUCAAGCCCACAAGAACAUCCUGGCAGCCUGCAGCGGGUACUUCAGGAACGCUCUGACAUUUCCUGAGACAUGGAGCUCUAGCCAAGUGCUGGAGCUGAUGGACCUGAAGUCUGAGGUGUUCGCCAGUAUCCUCAACUUCAUCUACUGCUCAAAGGUGACAUCACCUGGUGCGGAGGACACAGGGGGGCUGGUGGCAGCUGGAAAAAGACUUGGAAUUCCUUUUUUAGAGAAGCUUGCAGAACAAGAGAAGCUGGACGAAUGUGUUAAAUUCACAGACUCCAGCAACAAAGCAACAAAGGACGCUCCCAGGCCUAAGGACAUUGACAGAGGGCCACGCAUCACCAAUGCCUUCUCUAUCACUGAAGAGUGUCCUGGGAACAAUCUUUUCACCCCAAUGGUUCAAACCAAUGGGGAGAGGCAGUCACCAGACAUGGGACAGCUCCCAUCAAGUUGCCCCACAACCUCCUGCCUCAACGGGAACGAGACAACCCAAGCCCUCUCAGAGCACUCAUAUGCAGUAAGUAAAUCUACUGAAGGCAACGACAGCAGUCAGUGGGACAACAAGAAGGUCUGUAAGCCAGCAACAUCUCAGCCAAAGCAACUCAUUUACAGGAACGCAGGUCCGCUUAAAAAGCGCCACAGGCUGACAAGCACAUUGUGUCGAAGUAUACUUCCAACUCCAGCUGAACCACAAACAGAUAAACCAAAUACAAUAACCUCCACAUUAGCCGAUGGUGUUUCUGCAGCACCUGUUGCAGUCAUGACACCACCUCUGCUUUUUUCAGAGGCAGAAACAGAAAAAAGUAUAAGCCCAGGGCUACCUAUAGCCACUGACAAUGUUCAAAUGGAGUUAGGUCCACCAACCUCUUCCCCUGAGGACAGCAUUUCAAUCUAUGGAUGCAGCCACUGUCCGGAGAUAUUCACAAAUAAAGCUCUUCUCACCAUUCACUCAGAGGUACAUAAAAAUCGUUUUGUCAGUCAUUUGUUUUGCAAGUUUUGUCAGAGAAAGUUCAUACACCUCAAACGGUUGCGAAACCAUGAGCAGAUCUGCCCUAAAGCUGUAAGAGGCCCACCUAAACUGGAUGCUACUGACAUAUCAACCAAGGAGGUGGAACUCCAUUCAGAUGAUAUGCCAAACACGGAGAGCAUUGUGACACACCCUCCUUCUGCUGACCUCUCCACCCCUUACACCCCAGAGCCCCUUCAAAUGGACCAACCAGAGCCUCCACAGAAUGAAAAGGCAGUGAGGAUAGGUAGCAGUCAGAGGAGAUAUAACUGCAGUGUAUGUAAACGGGUCUACGUCACACUAUCCAGUCUGAAGCGGCACGAGAAUGUACAUUCCUGGCAGAGGGCAUACCCCUGUCAUUAUUGUAAUAAAGUGUUUGCAUUGGCAGAGUACCGUACAAAGCAUGAAAUCUGGCACACAGGUGAACGCCGCUAUCAGUGCAUUUUCUGCCUGGAGACAUUUAUGACAUAUUAUAUCUUAAAGAACCAUCAGAAGUCUUUUCACGGCAUUGAUCCUAGUUUAGUUGUUAAGAAGAAAUCCGCCAACGGUGGUCUGAAAGCCAGUGUUUAUCCAAUCAAACUCUACAGGCUUCUGCCUAUGAAGUUUAGAAAGAGACAAUACAAGACGUACAGUCAGACAUAUUCUGAGAAUGUUGAAAGAGGGGAUGAAGCCCCACCAGACAGCAACUCUCUUAUCCCUCCAUUUGAAGAAAACAGUCUGAUCAGCCACCCUGAUACUGUUUCAUUCCCUCUCACAUUCAUGGCAACGACAACGAUGGUGGCACCUGUCAUGCCUCGCAUCAGCUUUGGCAAGCCAUGUGACCAAGAUGUUGACCAAAGUCUGAACAGUGAUUUGGAAAUUCAGAGAGGCACAAGAAAAGAGGCUGAGAAUAGAGAUUUACCCUUAAUUGACAGUACCUUCUCUUUGCAACCCGAAUCUCCUGCAGUGGGUUAUGAUGAUCCUCCAGUAAGUAACUCAGAGCACCUUAGUCAUAAUGUGCCAUUCUUAAACUCUUUGAACACUGUUAAAAAAUUAGGUGAGCUAUCAGCUUCUGCGAAAAGAGUUGAGGAUAUGACCAAGGAUAUACUUCAAUCAAGCACUGAGAAUCUGGUGCGAGAUAAAAAGGUGGGAGCAACGACAGAAACCUAUAUCGCCAAACCUGCAUGCCCGGGUCCAUCUGUGGAUGGUGCUGCAAUGCCGCUCUGUCAGAUAACAGUGAAAAUAGGCAAUGAAGCCAUCAUCCGCCGCCGUAUCAAAGGAUCUAAGCUCUUCCCCAGAAAGAAAAGGAGAAUGAGAGAACUAAGUGAGGAGGAGAGUCCAAGUCAGUGCCCUCCAACACGAGAAAGCUCAGAUAACCCCAGGCUCCGCCUGAGAACAGAAGUCACUUCUGCCACAGAGCCAGAGACAUACGAUGAUCCCAACGACUGUGACACAGCUGAUAUGCUUUGGCGCCCCUACUACUCUUACAAAGCUAAAAAGAAAAAUAAGUUGAGAUUCAAGCACAGAAAGGCCUUGUUUCACGGUUAUCCUGAAUCAUCUGCAGAUAGACCUGCUGCAAGUGAGACCCACCUUGAUAAAAAUAGUUGGCUGACAGAAGAGAGCAUGUCAGGUGGUAGUGGAGAGGUGAAACGUAGUCUCAGCAGGAACUCCAGCCCAAGGGCCACCUACAACUGUGACAUCUGUGACAGCUCUUUUAUCACAGAGACCGGUCUGAGAGCUCAUGUUAUUGGUUCCCACCCAUGUUUCUGCCGGACCUGUGGUAAACAAGGUCCCCCUGGCGAGGCACCAGCCGGUGGGGAUUACAUCUGCAACAGCUGUAUGGAAAAUGGCUCCUGCUUUGAUAACACACCCCGGAGCCCCAACCCAGAGAAGAAGUAUCGCUGCUCCUUCUGUCCCCAGCGUUUUCUCUACCUUGCCACCAAGAGAAGCCAUGAGAAAAAACACCAGGAGACAAAUGAGGAGGGAUAUAAUUCUGACAACUUCACGCCAUGUUCUAAAUACUCAGCAUACCUAAGUAAAGACAAUAAACAAGACACCAUCAAAACAGAAGACAGCAACAACCAAGGUGGCACGGACAUAAAAAGUGAAAGGGUGGAAGGACAUCUUUCCAUUGAUAAAAUUAAGCCUAAAACUGAGGAUACAACUGACUUUAUGUCUACUUACCAAGACAUGUCAUAUUCCAACAUUAAAAGUCCAUUAUCACCCUGCAUUGACCCAUUGUUUUCCCUGACACCCUCAAAGGUGAAACAUAAAAUGGUGAAAAAAAGGAUUAAUGCACAGCAUUCUAUGCAUAUCAUCUCAAAAAAGCAAGCCUCUGACAGAGACAGCGAUAGCAACAAGGGCAUUUUGACAGGGCAAAAAACAACCAGUCACAUCAAUCUUGAGAAGUCCUGUAAACUACUUAGAAGAAAUGACUCUGAAACUAAAGGCACCCACAUUUCUAUACACAAACCAGAGAAAUGGAUGUGCAAAGAGGAGCCAUUUUUUUAAAUAUAUUUGAGGCAAAAGAGAAAGUGAUUGAAACUUGACUUCAAGCUUUUGGUUAGGAAAUGUAAUAGUGUUGUCCUUCCAUCUAAGCUCAAUAAAAUGUUUUAACUGGACAACACUACACAUGAGAAUCUAACAUAAGUGUAGGCUGUAAUUUCUUCCCUCGUAAACUCAACGACUGAGUGCUUUUUCACCUUUGUAGAAGAUAUUUUUUUGGAUAAUAUAGGACCUUCUGAAACAGACUCAGGGUUCAUACGCAUUUUAACCAAUACUUUUUCAUGACUUUUUAGCAAAUUUCCAUGACUAUGUGUUCCUGAAAAUGUCAGUCGACAUUAUACAAUAAGAAUACA